AUGUCGGCCAAAGUCCUGGAUGGCCGUCGUCUUACCCUGUUUAGGAAAUGCUACCAACUUCAAGCUCAGUUUCCUGGUAUGGAAAUAGAUUGUAGAGUUGCGUACAAUGAUGUGAUCCAUGUAUAUCGUCAUGACAAAGAGGCUUCUUGGCCUACUCAAGAUGAAAACCCCACGCGAGUGUAUCUACCCUGCGAUUUCCAAACGGUGAGAGAAUCACAAUCAGUAGGUGUCAUCGGCGGUUUUGACCCUGCCAAUCGAUCAAGCCUCAACGAUCGAUCUCUUGAAGCCACACCUGAUCUUGUGUAUGAUCCGUACGCUUCGCCAAGUGGGAAACAAUCUUCUCCAGUCGCAUCCAUCGAGGGUCUGGGCGCUGAUGAAAAUCGCACUAUUCAACAGAGCGGGUCGAACUUCAGUUUGCAGAAUCGUGGCGACAAUGAUGGACUUUUAUUCCCACUCAGCUCCCUAAACAACAAUAGUCCAGAUAUCGACUACUUUAUAUCCCUCCCCAUGCAGACACUCAGUGACCAGGAUUUUCUCGCAGAAUGCAGGCAUCAGACUGCAGAGAACGCCUAUGUUGCCCACAAUCAUGGAAUCGACGUCCUACGGCCUCCCAAAAGGCGACCAAUUCCAGUGAGAUCUCCGCAUGGCUACCUGCACAAGCGACGACGUUUAGGUCACGACUCUUGAUUAAUUGUUACGGUGGGCAAGUUUGGCGCAGAAGUUGAUGGAGGCUCUAAUAACUUGGCAAGAUGACGUGUUGAUCCCUUGACGCCUGUUGGUUGUUUGAUUCUGGAGCGUGUAUUGUCAAUGGUUUUCUUGUCGUUCCUGGAUGAGACACGUUUCUCGCUUUUUUGGGGGUUUCUCUCUGUCUUUGGCAACUUAAGCAGACUAGAUUUAGAUGGAAGUUCCAGGUGCAUAGUAUCAGGUCUGUCAUAAACGCG